AUGUUUCGGGAAGUGUUCACCAUAUACGGGUACUGCUGUCAGUUCGACGUUAAUUAUUUCACCGAGUUUUCAGGCAACGACACAAACUUGGCGGCAGGCGUCCUCAAGUUAGAGGCGCUAGACAUCAUUGUGAACAGUAUGAAGGUUUAUCCCAAUGGAACUGUUCGCGAUGGAUAUGUCAUGCUGUACAUAUUCGACCAACAGAAUCAGUUGUCACUCGUCGACAGUCCCAUUUCCCUGGUCCCAGCUACUUAUUUUGACGUCAGCAUCGACGUAUGGGUCAUCGAAGCCGAGGAUGAAAUUAAAAACCUACAACUGGGAAAUGAUGCACAACGCCACAUGCGCACCAUCAUAUCACAGAGGGAGUGCUACCAGACAUGUGACUAUGUGCAGUAUGAGACUAAAACAGACUAUACGAAGCCAAUGACAAUAAAAUCACGUAAAAAGGAGAACAGUGGUUUCAGUCGCGUAACUGUUCAUUUUGCUCACAGCAUCUGCAUUAAAUACAUCAGAAAGGUCCGUUACACUUGGGAUCAGAUGUUGGCGAAUUUAGGAGGUAUCUUCGGACUGUGUUUGGGCGGUUCUAUUAUUAGCAUUAUUGAGCUACUUUGGUUUAUAUUCGAUUUACUUGCGACACUUUUUCAUUAUUUAUGUACAAAAGAAGAAAGUAGAGUUGUGAAAAAAGCUUGGAAGAAGAAUAAAAAUAGCAUUGUACCUAAAUAUCCGUUUAUUAACUAA